AUGACACCAAAAUGGCAAGCCAUGCGUCUCCUCCACGGAGUCCGUGCUAUAGUUGGCGGUCAAGGUCCCCCUUUGAUCCUCGUUCCAGGCUGGCCACAAACAGCAGAGGCAUUUAGCGAUAUAUUCGAGCCCAUUUCAAAACAUUAUCAAUUUUUCGCUCUCGAUCCUCCGGGCUUAGGUGACUCGCUUCCUCCACUCAAUGGCUACGAUACUGCGAAUGUGAGCAAAAUCAUGGCAGAAGCUAUCCACGAUACCUUGAAAGAAAAACAAUACCACCUAGUUGGCCACGAUGUGGGGGGAUGGAUUGCCUAUCCUUGGGCGGCUCAAUUUCAAUCAAAGAUCAAAUCGCUCAGUAUACUAGACGCGGGAGUGCCAGGUUUCAUGCCUCAGCUUCAGUUUCCGUUGUCACGCCAGACCAAUAUGCGUCUUUGGCAAUUCUCGUUCAACGCGCUUCCUGAUUUGCCUGAAAUUCUGACUCGCGGUCGUGAGCGGGAGCUACUGACCUGGUUCUUCAAUUUGAAGACGGUUCAUCCGGAUGGUUUACCCAAAGAUCAACUCGAACGCUACAUCCAGGCCUAUUCAAGACCAGGGGCAAUGAGUCGCGGGUUCGAGUAUUAUCGAGCUGUUGAAACAAGCACCAAACAGAAUCUGGAAUAUGCCAAAACACCGCUCGAUAUCCCUGUCUUGGCUUUAGGUGGCGCCAGCUCCGUCGGUUCGGACAUGAUUCGCUUGGUCCAGAACUUCGCAACCAAUGUUUCCGGAGGCGCGAUUGAGGAUUGUGGGCACUUCCUCCCCGAAGAGCAACCAUCUGCUGUCGUGCAUAGACUGCUGGAGUUCCUGGAGGCAAAUUAA